UUUCCGGUUGUCCUCCUGUAAGUUCAAGUUCCCCCGUUGUUUUAUUCAUUUCCAGGAACAACGUAGCUACAGCUGCUUUCGAUUCUUAAUCAACCCGAUCGGACAACACUGCGCACUAAUAAUAAUAAUACUAUUAAUAAUAACAAUAAUAGUUCCGUGUCGCGUUAAUAUCCGUCCGCCGACAAGUGAAACCAAGGUGCGGGGACUCUGCCUCGGUGCUGUGGCUCUCCAUGGCUCCUCUCCGGGUCCUGUGCAUUCACGGUUACCGGCAGAACGGCACCUCGUUCCGGGAGAAGACCGGAUCUCUGAGGAAGCUGCUGAAGAAGCAGCUGGAGCUGGUUUACAUCUGCGCUCCGCUCGCCGUGCAGACCGCUGCCACAACAGAGGUUCCCAACGAGGAAAACAACUCCAUUCCUGCACCAAAGGACGACGAGGAGCCCAGGGGCUGGUGGUUCUCUGACGUUCAGGCCCGGAGCUUCAGCGCUCGGCAGCCGUGUGAGACGAGCCUCGGCCUCGACGACAGCAUAUCGGUGGUGAGAGAAGCGGUGAAGGCCCAGGGCCCGUUUGACGGCGUGCUGGGAUUCAGUCAGGGAGCAGCUUUCGUCGCCAUGCUGUGUUCGCUCCAGGAGCAGCAACUGGAGCCGGAGUUAAACUUCCGCUUUGCCAUUAUUAUUGCCGGUUUCCGCAGCCGUUGUGAGGAGCACCAAAAGUUCUACGACGCGCCGCUCCAAAUCCCAUCUCUGCAUGUGUUCGGACUGGGGGACAAAAUCAUCCCGGACAGCAUGAGCAGGGAUCUUCUCCCCUCCUUCCAGGACCCUCAGGUCCUCAUACAUCCCGGGGGUCACUUUGUUCCCGCCGCAGCUGCUCACAGGCAGACCUAUCAGGACUUUCUGAAGAAGUUCCAGUAAGACAAAAAACAAAAAUCACGGUUCUGUCAGAAGCUGAAACAGAACAAAAUCUGAAGCUCUGGUGCUACAAUCCAGAUCUGUAUCCAAAUAAACAUUGGGUAAAAAGGUCUUUGAGCUCUGGAUCCUGAUCUAGGGUCUGAAAUAAUUAUCAAUCAAUGUAAUUUUUCUCAGGGAAGUCUCUUGUAAAGAACAAUAAAGAUUGUAUAAAAUUGU